GCCACCCGGUCCGAGCGCGUCCAUUUAUGCUGCUCGUUGCUUUUGCGAGGAUUUAUUAGCACGAAAUCGUUUAUUAAUACAUUAACUUUAAUAAAUAAAGCAUGGAAAAACUAGCACAAAUCGACCAGGCAACCAGUGGCACCUUUCGCCAUGGUCAGAAACAAAGCGAUGUGGAGCGCCAAGUGCAAGAUACUUUCAUGUGCUUCGAAGCUGACAACCAACAAAAAAAUGCAUAUGCGGAUUCCACCUCCGUAUGCCAGCCGCAAUCAGUUGUUGGAUUGCCACUGGCAGAGAGUGGAGACGACAUCAGCGACACUGAGAAUUAUUCAGACACUGAUGACGAAUGUGCUCCGUUGCUGGGCCGUCGCCAAUUAUGCGACGAUGGCAAAGAAUACAUGAUUUAUCAGAAUAUCCAGGAACAGCCUGACUCGUCAUUCGAGGAAAGGAUACAGCUUGACUCGUCGUCCGAGGAAGAAGCACAGCCUGACUCGUCAUUCGAGAAAAAGGCAGAUUCGGAGUCGUUAUUCGAGGAAGAAGCAAUACCCCUGUCCGGCGAGUCCAAAGCUCAGCUCGUGGAGCCCGAGGCUAAUAGCCUGAACAGAGAGGCCACUGCUGCUGAAAAUUUGACAUAUAGCUACAAUAGUGAUGACGACGUAGUGGAUCAGCAGGAAGAGGAAUCCGGCGUAGAAAUCCGGGCAGCCUUUCGUGGUCAGGCCACACCGAAGUGCUGUUUGACGGAUUCGGUGUUCAUGGUGGAUAGACCCUUUUGUGCGGUGAUGCUGGGCCAGAAGCUGCCCCGCUUGCCCAUGUGGUCCAUGGAAACCGCCGACCGCCAGGCCAAAUUCAGAAUCCUUGUAACCAAUGUGUACAGCCCCUUUCAGUUUUGGUUCCAAUUCCUUGAGAACGAUUAUGGUUACAAUCUGCACGAUCUGCAUAUUGAGCUAAGCGACUUCUACAAAAAAGCAAUCGGUUUAUACGGAUUGCCAGUCACUCGGUUUUUCUUACGCCCUGGAUACAUUUGUGCCGCCAAAUCAAACUGGGGAGGCUGGAAGCGGGCUCGCAUUGUGUCCGCACCGCAGGAGAAUUCUACGCACGUUUCUGUCUUCUACGUGGACUAUGGCUGUCUGGAGGAGAUCGCACGCACCGAGCUGCGCUUCUUACCUGAACUGUACACGAAUAUGCCGGCCAUGGCCGUCAGGGGAGCACUCUCGCAUGUCCAUCCGCUGGCCUUUACAUGGCCUGCCGAUGUGACGGACACCUUCCGUCGUACAGUUAUGUCUCGCGAGUGCUUUGCCCACAUAAUUGAGGAGGACCUGCAGGAGGAGAUCUACUUCAUACAAAUUUACAAAUACAAGCGCUCUAACAAGUCGCUGAACAGCUAUAUGAUUCGGAAGAAAUUCGCUGGCGAAAGCGAACACUUUGACAAGCAAAUUAUCCGACAGCAUUGUGGACGCCGCAUUCGCUAUUUUUGCGAGCGUCUCCCCUCAUUUGAAAUGCUCGAGACUGGUUUGAUUCCCAUAGAUAGGGGGGAUGAAGAUUUCAAUGAAAUCAUGUCCACAACAUCGUAUUUAAAGCAAUUUAAGAUUCCCCCAAGCAAGCAGCCUCUUCGACAGGACCUGCAAAAGGCGCUGCUCGACUGGCUUGUCAGCUACAAGAACCAGGAGAUGCCCUGGCAGAAACUGGAGAAGGAAGCCGCGCUCAAAGCCAAGGAGCAGGAUAAGAAGCGUCGCGCUUAUUACGAAAAAUUGCUGGCCAUUAAUAAGCAGACAAAGGACAAAGAAAAGCACACAGAUACAGAAUCGGCAUCAGAAUCCACUCAUAAUUGUGGAGCAGCAAACAGAGAUUUAGCAGAAAAAGAAGCAGAACCAAUCGAAGCGCAGAAGGAAGAUAGUACAAACGGAAUCAUUAUCAUAGAAAAGAAAGGACGAGAAGGAACGUGA